UCCUACUUUGAGCUCGAUCUCUCAGGCUUGAGGGCAAGGGUUUCCCCUUCUCUCCCUUUUUCUCUCUCCCUCUUGUUUAGCUAAGUCUUUUUCACAACCAUCUUUGUUGUGCUUUUGAAAGGAGAGGAGAUGGCUUUUCUUCACAUUAACCACCCUUUGGCCUUCAUCUUUGGAAUGUGUGGUAACUUGAGUUCAUUCUUGGUCUACCUUGCUCCACUGCCAACAUUUUAUAGAGUGUAUAGAAAGAAAUCAACGGAAGGGUUUCAAUCAAUACCUUAUGUAGUUGCACUAUUCAGUGCCAUGCUUUGGAUAUACUAUGCUACUGUGAAGGGGAACACUGUUCUUCUCAUCACCAUCAACUCUUUUGGAUGUUUCAUUGAGCUUAUAUACAUCUCUAUGUACAUCCAUUAUGCUCCAAGAAAAGAAAAGAUCUUCACUGCUAAAAUGAUGUUCUUGGUGAACAUCCUUCUUUUCGGCCUCAUCGUCGUCUCCACAAUGCUAUUCACUAAAGGCGAAGGCCGAGCUACUGUUCUCGGAUGGAUUUGUGUCGCCUUUGCUGUUAGUGUUUUCGUUGCUCCUCUAAGCAUCAUGAAACGUGUGAUACAAACAAAGAGUGUGGAGUUCAUGCCUUUUUACUUAUCAUUGUUCCUCACGUUGAGUGCACUGUCUUGGUUUGCUUAUGGCCUUGUGAAGUUGGAUAAAUACGUUGCGCUUCCAAAUGUUUUAGGGUUCCUCUUUGGCAUGGCACAAAUGAUACUCUACAUGAUAUACAAAGGAGAGAAGAAGAUCAUCCAAGAAGAAAAGUUGGCAGACCACAUUGUUUCAAUUAUAAUACCAGAAGGAGAAGGACAAGGAGAAGCAACAGUGAAGGGGAAACCAGAUGAUAACAAUAACAAUAUGGGAAGGAAUGUAACUCAAGAGGAGGUUGAGAUGAGUCAAAAUGCGGUGUAAUGUAUUGCAUGCAUGCAUGCAUGCAUGCAUGAAUUAAUGGUUGGGGCUGGUCACUAUAUGAAAGUAAUAGUAAUAGUUUGUAGUAGAAGUGAGUCCAUUGGAAGGCAUGUGACUUCCUGCUCAAUGGACUCCAUUAGUAGGAGAGUGACUUGCUUGUCCAAUUCUAUCAUUAGGUCUAUUAGAGCUUGGUCAUGGGGUUGUUACUUUCUUAUAUCUUAUGUUGUAUGUAAGG